CACACUCCUGCUUUGCUCCCUUCUUAUCCAUUGCAUCCAAGCCGACUAGGCCACAGCCCAAAGAUAUAAGCAAGACGAAGAUGGAGACGCGUGGCGCCUUCAACCACGUCGUCCUGCUGCUCGCGGCGACGUCCCUCCUCGCCACCGCCGCCGCCAGCAAGGACCGCUGCCACUCCGGCGACAAGGCCGCGCUGCUCGCCGUCAAGGCGGCGCUCGGCAACCCCUACCACUUCGCGUCCUGGACGCCCGACUCCCCGUGCUGCGACUGGUACGACGUCGACUGCGACGCCUCCACCGGCCGCGUCGUCGGCCUCUCCGUGUUCCAGGACGCCAACCUCACGGGCACCAUCCCCGACGCCGUCGCCGGCCUCGUCCACCUCCAGAGCCUCGUGUGGCACCACCUCCCCGCGCUCUCCGGCUCCAUCCCGCCGGCCAUCGCCAAGCUCUCCAACCUCUCGCAGCUCACCAUCUCCUGGACCGCCGUCUCCGGGCCCGUGCCGUACUUCCUGGGCGCGCUCACCAAGCUCACGCUGCUCGACCUCUCCUUCAACUCCCUCACGGGCGCCGUCCCGGCGUCGCUCGCCACCCUCCCCAACCUCUCCGGCAUCAACCUCAGCCGCAACCGCCUCACCGGCGCCAUCCCUCCGCUGCUCCUCAGCAGGUGUCCCGACCAGGCCUACCUCUGGCUGUCGCACAACAACAUGUCCGGCGACAUCCCCGCCGGAUUCGCCGCCGUCGACUUCGCGCACCUCGACCUGUCGCGCAACGCCUUCGCGGGCGACGCGUCCGGCCUCUUCGGCCGGGGGAAGGAGCUUCAGUACCUGGACCUGUCGCGCAACGCCUUCAGCUUCAACCUCUCCGGCGUGGGGCUCCCGGAGCAGCUCUACUUCAUGGACGUGAGCCACAACGCCAUCUCCGGCGGCAUCCCGGCGGAGGUGGCCAACCUCACCAACCUGCAGUUCUUCAACGUCAGCUACAACCGGCUCUGCGGCGCGGUGCCCACCGGCGGCCACAUGCAGAGAUUUGACCUCUUCAACUUCCAGCACAACAAGUGCCUCUGUGGAACUCCGCUUGCUAAUCCCUGCAACUGACGAUAUGAACUCUAGUCUUUGUUCUCAAGAAGAAAUAAAAUCACUGACAAUAUCAUAAGUCCAGUGAUACUUAUGGAUUAAAUUUUAUUUC